AUGUCUUUUCAUACAAGUAAAACAGUUGGUGAUCAGAAGAAACGUACACAUAGUCAAAUUCUAUCAAAUAAAUCAACACAAAAUUUUGCUGUUAAUAAUGACCAGAGGUGCGUUAAGAGAAAACAAGAACACUCGUCUAACUUCAAAUUCUUGAGUUUUGAAAAUCCUGAUUUUAGUGAUGGAACAUCUAAGCCCUGGUACGAACGUGGCAAAAGGAAGGCUCCUACGUCCAGUACUCUCAAUACAUUGAGCAGUAAAUCUACUACAGAUUUCUCGAGUAAAUCGAGUUUAGAAACUCAUAGUAUUGAUUUACUUAAGAAAGAAAUGAAAGCACUUCAUGCUACCAUUCGAGCACUGAAGAUUCGAGUAGAAAGUUUGGAAAAGAUAAAUAGAAGCGUAAACUGUCGAGAACGAGAGAGAUCACUUGGAUUGGAUAUUCAUAUCCAAGAGAUCAAAUUUCCUGCUGCAGAAGCUGGGUUACCUGAAGGUUUCGAAAGUGUCAAUGACUUGACUUCGCUUGAUAUGGUUCCUAAUCUCUCCCAGGCAAUCAAGAUGCUGCAAGAACCCUUGGAGCGUUUAAUUGAAGAGCACAAGCCAGAUUUCAUUUUUGCGGAUGUGCUUCUACCGUUUGCCACAGAAGCUGCAAGCAAGUACGGCGUUCCACGGUUUGUCUUUCAUGGAACAAGUUUUUUCUCUCAGUGCGUUGACCAGAGCUUAAUUUCAGAUAGAGAAGCCUUUGUGGUACCUGGUCUCCCAGACAAGAUAGAGAUGACCAGGUUACAGUUGCACGACAAAUUUAAGGAUGAAGAUGCGUCUCCUACUGUGGCUAGGGAGCAAAUAAGAGAGGCAGAGGAAAAAUGUUAUGGGAUUUUGGUGAACAGCUUCUACGAGUUGGAGCCAGCCUACGGAAUUCAUUACGAAAAGGUUAUGAGGAAAAGAGUAUGGUCUAUUGGCCCUGUUUCCCUACGAAACAAGGAUAAUGUAGAUAAAAUUCAAAGGGGGAUGAAAACUGAAAUCGAUGAACAUUUUAUUUUGAACUGGCUUGACAGCAAGAAACCACAAUCGGUUCUUUACAUAUGCUUUGGAAGUCUCUCCAGAUUCAGCAACGCUCAGUUGCUUGAAAUAGCAGCGGGUGUCGAGGAUUCCGGAACCUCUUUCAUUUGGGUGGUAAGAACAAUCAAGAAAGAAGAGGAGGAAGAGAGUUGUUUACCUGCAGGUUUCGAAGAGAGAACGGAGGGCAAGGGUCUCAUAAUUAGAGAAUGGGCACCACAGAUGCUUAUACUGGAUCAUCCAGCAGUUGGAGGUUUCAUGACUCAUUGCGGGUGGAACUCGAUACUUGAAGGAAUUCGAGUUGGGGUUGAGAAGUGGAAUUCCUGGAUAGAACCAGAAGAUGUAGGGGCCAGGAAAGAGGAGAUAGCGAAUGCGGUCAGUCAGUUGAUGAGUGAUGGAGAAGAAGGACAAAACAUAAGAACAAGAGCCAAAGAGCUCAGUAAAAUGGCUAGGAAAACUGUAAAAGAAGGUGGCUCAUCUUAUGAAAAUUUGACUGCUUUGAUUCAGGAGCUUAAGAUGGUUAAGAAGUCACUCUCAACCAGGCAGUAA